GUACCCACUGCUCUCCCUUGAGUUUCCAAUAUCCAAAAUGGCGGCGAGCAGAGUAGGCGACAAACGAACGCAUGAAAAAGAGCAAGAAAGCAGCACUGUAGAUGUUUCCUCGGACAGCGAAAGUGAACCAGAACCUGCAAAAAUAUUUCAUAGAAGAAUUUCUACGAACAGGGACAUCAGAACCUCGGCUUGUACCAAACAAGGAUUUCUAAACAAGCAGUCCAACUUUCAGAGAUCGAAAAGAAGAUUCUUCAAAUUAAAAGGAAGAAAAUUGUACUAUGCAAAAGACACAAAGUCUUCAAUAUUUGAUGAGAUAGAGCUCACAGACCUCAGUGUGGCAGAAUGCAGCACGAAAAACAUCAACCACAGCUUUCAGGUGAUAACUCCAUUCCGAAACCUUGUGUUAUGUGCAGAGAGCCGAAAAGAGAUGGAAGAGUGGAUUUCAGCUUUGAAACAGUCCUCUAAGAGGCAAUAUGUGGAGGGCAAUGAUUCACAGCGUGAGAUGAUGUCUGGUCUCCACAACUGGUACACGUGUUCUCAUGCGCGCCCUACCUACUGUAACGUGUGCCGCGAGGCCUUGUCAGGGGUAACCUCGCAUGGUCUCUCAUGCGAAGUCUGUAAGUUCAAGGCCCACAAGCGCUGCGCCGUCAAGGCCGCAGCUAACUGUAAAUGGACCACUCUGGCAGCUAUUGGGUCCGAAAUCAUAGAGGAAGAAGACGGGAUUGCAAUGCCGCACCAGUGGCUCGAGGGAAACCUGAACGUCAGCUCCCGGUGUAUAGUUUGUGAUAAAAUAUGCGGAAGUGUCCGAAAACUCCAGGACUGGAGAUGUCUCUGGUGUAAAGCUACUGUACAUUCCAGUUGUCGAGACCAGCUGUCCCGCAAGUGUCCGCUCUCUCAGUGUCGGGUCUCCAUCCUGUUGCCGACGGCGAUAGACAGCAUCGACAGCGAUGGUUACUGGGAGGCCCGGCGGCCCCCUGGCACGAGUCCACUGCUGGUGUUCGUCAAUACCAAAUCAGGAGAUAACCAGGGGGUGAAAUUUCUACGCCGUUUCAAGCAGCUUUUAAACCCUGCCCAGGUGUUUGAUCUGAUGAAUGGGGGACCACAUCCAGGACUAAGGCUGUUCCAGAAGUUUGACCAGUUUCGUAUCUUGGUCUGUGGUGGGGAUGGCAGCAUUGGUUGGGUGCUUUCGGAGAUAGACAUGAUGGAUCUACACAGACAGUGCCAAAUCGGGGUGUUGCCAUUCGGAACGGGUAAUGACCUGGCUAGAGUGCUAGGCUGGGGGUCAGCGUUUGAUGACGAUACACUGCUACCUGCCAUACUGGAGAAACUGGAGCAUUCACAGAUCAAAAUGCUUGAUAGAUGGAGUAUAUGGACUUACGAAGGCUAUAUGCCGCCGCCUCGAAAACUAUCUCAGCAGUUUGACCCCAUCUCACAAUAUGAGGACUCCGUUGCCAACCAUCUCUCCAAGAUCCUACAUUCUGAGGACCAUUCCACUGUUAUCUCCUCGGCAAAGGUGUUAUGUGAGACUGUGAAGGACUUUGUGGCCAAGGUGGGAACUGCACACCGCGAAAAGGAAGAUGAUACCGACAUGUCUGACAAGUGUGCCAUUUUAAACGAGAAGUUAGAAAGUUUGCUCAAAACAUUGAACGAAGAAGCAGAAGCUUCAACCCAGCUGGACUGUGAUGUUUCCUCAGCGCAUAAUGAACCUCUUAGCAUUAAACCAGAUCCCAAUGUCAGUAACCUCGUUUCCAAUGACAACAAUCUCCCUAGCAACCGGGGUCAAGUGGUUGCUAUGGACAAUCGCACGAGUUCUCAGUACGGAGAGGUUACGGGAAACCGGCGGGAAAGCAAUUCUGUCACUUUUGACCCGGAUGUUAUAUUCCAAAUGGAUGCAGCAAAUCUUCCGAACAAUUCGAGCGUUUUGAACAAUUCUAGUAACUUAAGUUCCAAAAUGUCACGGACUGGGCAUUCAGUUGACAACCGAGAUUUGCAGGUCGGUUUGGACAAUAGAGAUGUGUCGCGGAAGCUGGAAAAUAGGUUGGCUGGCGCCAGUACGUCUGCUUUGAAACCCAAACCAACUAUAUUCAAGCCUCGCGAUGCUUUGAUGUCUCGUGCCAACAGUUUGAAGAAAGCAAUACGACAGAUCAUAGAGCAUACAGAGAGAGCCGUUGAUGAACAAAACGCUCAGACAGUGGAACAAACUCUGUUGUUGCGGGAAGCAUCUGGAAGCUCCGGUGACCUUGUGACCCCAUUUAACACUGCACAGACCUCACUCCAGGCAGGAAGUCCAAACUCGCGCUCGGCGCCAAGCUUUUCUGUGUUCACGGCAGACACCAUGCCCAAAACACCCAAGGUUGAGCGAAAAAAUGAAAGCUGCAAUUCCCCGAUCAUUCCCUCCUCGCGGAGAAUCAGCAGCAUGUCCGUGCUCAACAAGUCUCUCAGCGUGGGCUCCAACCUGGACCACAACGCCCCCUCUGCCACACAAGACAUUCCCGGCUCCACUGGCCACACAUCGUUCCCGUUUGCUAACUAUCCAUUGUUACCCAGUCUGAGCAGCUCUAUAGCGAGCAAGCUGGUGGGGGGCAGUUUCAUCAGCAAGGUGCUCUUGGCCAACGCGGACGCCCUCUGUGCAGCCGCCUCUCCUCUCCUGGAGGAGGACAUACCCCUCGAAGAGUACAAGGAGAAGUGUGUGAUGAACAACUACCUGGGCAUAGGACUUGAUGCCAAGAUCACCCUCGACUUCCAGAACAAACGAGAGGAGCAUCCGGAGAAAUGCAGGAGUCGAACAAAGAACCUCAUGUGGUACGGUGUGCUGGGAGGGAAGGAGAUCCUACAGAAGACCUUCAAGAACCUGGACCAGCGUGUACAGCUGGAGUGUGACGGCCAGAGGAUCCCCCUUCCUAGCCUACAGGGCAUUGUUAUACUCAAUAUUCCCAGCUUCGGCGGAGGGUCAAACUUCUGGGGUGGAACCAAGGAAGUCGAUACUUUCUCAGCACCCAGUUUUGAUGACAAGAUACUGGAGGUUGUAGCGGUGUUUGGCAGCACUCAGUUGGCUGUGUCGCGAGUCAUCGACCUGCAACAUCACCGCAUCGCACAGUGUCGGUCAGUGAAGAUCAUGAUCAUGGGUGAUGAAGGGGUGCCGGUCCAGGUGGACGGAGAGGCCUGGAUCCAGCCUCCAGGGUACAUACGCAUCGUACACAAGAACAGGGCCCAGAUGCUUACUAGGGACAGGUCCUUUGAAACGGUGCUCAAGUCUUGGUCUGAGAAGCAGAAGGUGGAGCCAGCUCUGGCGCAGAGACCGUCGGCACUGAACGCUGAGGAGACGGCCGCACUGCAGAAGUUUGUGGAGGUGGCUGGAUCCCUCAUCAAAAUUGUGAAAUGUGCCUCCCUCACGUACAGCACUGUAGAACAGGAGUUGUUCCCUUUGGCAACCAGAGCUUCGGAGUACCUUGAUAGGCUGUACCCUUCGGGACAGUUAGUGGAGCGGACAGGACAGCCCAUGACCAGAUCGCAUGAAUGCCAUUUUCGCAUGAAGAGGCCCACAUUAUGCCGUUGCCACGUAGAGCCCACCUUGAGGAGUCAGGUGGUGGACUUUGUGCACAGCAUUCGUCACCUAACACGAGAGACGAGCACGUUUCUAUCAGAGAAAGCUCUAGACAUGCAUUUGCGGGCCGACCUCGGGGAGAAAUUGGGUCAGUGUGUCAAUCAACUGGAGGAAGAGACAAGGACACUAAUGGAGAUCUGUAACAUUCCAGCUACACCUCUGUCUCAGGAAGAGUUGUUAUCAACUGCAGAGAUCAAACAGCGACCAAAGCCCGGCCGCUUCAAGCAGGUUGUGAGCAAGCUGAAGGGGAAGAAGGAUAAGGAGAAGACCUACAUUCCAUUAGUGUACAACGUGAACACAUGGACGGCAGAAGACGUUGGCCAAUGGCUGGACAACAUGUCCCUGUCGGAGUAUCGUGACUCAUUCAUUCGGCACGAGAUCAGGGGCCAGGAACUCCUUAGUCUAGACAAGACUGACAUUCAGGAUCUCGGGGUACAUAAAGUAGGACACCUGAAGAGAAUUCAGCAUGGCAUUAAAGAGCUUGUCAGCCGUAUGGCAGCCAUGGAAAAGUACUGCAACAAUUAUGGAAACUAAAUAAACAUGUGUGCAUUAAUUUUGUGGGAAAUGUCAACUACGGUGAUACAAACAGCAGAAACAGCUGUGGAGGAAAAUUAGUGUGGGCAGAAAUGAAAUUAGCUGGUAUGAUUUCUACGAUUGAAUAGAAGUUCUAUUCUCCUUUAAGUUGAAAUUUACAAAUUGAAGUCAUGUACCUUUUCAUCAUCGAUAGUCACUGAAGUGAGCUGGUUAUUUAUGUUGCCGUGAAUGUUUACAAAAAUAUUUACUGUAACAUUGUUACUUGUAAAAUAUUUAAACAAUGUUUUCCAUGCAAUACAAAACAUGACAUAGUAUUGUAAUUUUUGCAAUAAAAGGCCACACAAGAACAUUUAAUUGAACUUAUAAUGUUGUGGCUGGACAAAAAUGCAGAGAGGUGAACUCUGUUUGACCAUUUGAUAUUUGUAUUUCAUAUUGAACAAAAAAAGUGGCCGUUGAAAGUUGUUACAAUUUAUGUUUUAUUUAUUUUUAUGUGUGGAUGGAAUUGCAGAGCAUUCCAUAGGGUAUCAUGUAUGUACAUACAGUGUUUCUGUGUGUGUUCCUUGCUCUGUAAUUUCUUGCUCACUUUGUCUUCUAUACCAAAGGCUAGAUAUACGAAUGCCAUAUUUUGUUUAAUAAACACUUCUUCCGCUAUUUGAAUACAAGGAAAAGAAAGAAGGGGUACAUAGCCUACUGUUUCUAUUUCCAUCGUUGUACCAUCUUAGUUGGUUGAUACGCAUUUAUGAACAUUUAAUAUUAAAAUGUUGUUAAAAUUGUUUGUACAUGUACAUAUAAAUGUCAAAAAUUUGAAAACUUGAUAUUAUUCUUUCACAAAAUAUUUUGAUUCGGAAGAAAUGUCAGGGUUCUUUUACGUGUAUUAAAAAAUGUACCAAAGUGCGUAUUUGCAUUUAUGGUCAUGUAUUGGGUUCAAAAUUUAAACUCUCGAUUAAAGAAUUAAUUGACAUGUGCCCAUCACUAAAUGAGGCGUGUAAUGUGAAAAUGGGUCUUAUGCCAUGUUCUGCCAGUGUAGCUACUGACUAGUGUGUGCAUUUGCGCAGUCUGGUAGGGGACCUAACCAAUCAGCUAAGGAGACCACAGAACCGUGCGGAACAUUAUAGCUGACAGGGUAGCUGCUGACAAGAUUGCACCAUACGCGCAGGCUUGUCUGGAGCUACGCUGGCAGCAUAUGGCAUAAGACCCAUUUUUGCAUGACAUUGGUCAGAUUUAUGAUUGAUUUUAUGCUGAUAUACACUUGCUGUUACUAACUGUAAUUAUAUGCCAAUUAUGUUUGAUUGUUGUUAAUCUGGUAUUAAAAGUUUCUAAUCAGCUAAUAAUCUGUACACUGGACGUUAUUAUGGAAGAACAAUAGAAAAUAAAGAUUAUCUUGUACUAAGGUAUAUAAUCCUCUUAUUACUACUACAUGACAUAAAGAUCUCUGAUUUAGCACAGACCAUGAGUACAUUACAAUUAAAGUUGCAAUAUCAAUAACCAAACUAUAAUAUAGUGACAAAAAAAGAAGGAAAAGGCAUUUUGAAAUUAUUUUUGUUAAUGUACGCUGUCUCUCAUAUGUUUUUAUGUGCAUGGGCUUAACACCGUUUAGAAAGGAAGAAAUUUACUUUGAGUGAAUUAUUGUCCCCUGCCGGUUUCACCAGAGGGCACUUAUGGUUUUCGCUCUGUGCAUCUUUCUGUCUGUCUGUCUGUCACACUUUUCUGGAUCCUGCGAUAACUUUAAAACUCCUUCAUAUUUUUUCACUUGAAACAUGUCAAUAUGGACAUUAUGCACGUCAUUUCAUUUUGUUUGUAUGUCAAAAAUUAUGGUUGCUAUGGCAACAAAUAGAGUAGAAAUACUGCUGAAAAUAGUGGUUUUAUGGAUCCUGCAAUAACUUAAAAAGUUCUUCAUAUUUUUUCAUGAAACUUGAAACAUGAAUAGAUGGCAAUAUGGACAUUAUGCAUGUCAUUUCAUUUUGUCCCUACGUCAAAAAUUAUGGUUGUGAUGGAAACAAAUAUUUAAAAAAAAUUGACAAUGGUGGAAAUUCUGACAAUGGUGGAGCCGGUAGGGGACAUAUAUUGCUUGGCAAUAGUCUUUUUAUGUCUGUUUGAAACAGUGUAGUGACCAGACGUGCUAAGGUAAAAUGUCAGCACAUAUUCACAAAAGAAUGCUCUUAUAUGAUGUAAGGACAGCAUUACAGAAUUGCAUGUCAUAGUUUUUAUUGAUAUUGCAACUUUAACCCUUUGCCUUUCUAAUACGUAUUUUGAUGCAUGCGUAGUCCCUUAGAACGUUAAAUUUAAUUAAAAGCCUUUCUUACUAGAUUCAAGUUUCAAAGGCUUCAUUUCACACCCUUUGAUACUAAUGAGCAGUCUGUUCUGGUUUUAUGCUGUUUGCACAUAGCCAUUUUCACUUUGCUUCUGAGUUGAAAAGGGUUAACAAGUUAUACACUUUGUCUUCAGAUAUUAAUUGAGUUUCAUGUUAGAAUGGUAUAAAAACUAUAUGUUUCAACUCCAUAGAAUUUUGCACAUAAAUUUUUUUUUAUUUUUACAUCCUCCAUACAUUUAA